UUGAGUUAUUUUCAUUAUACAAAUAUAUUUCAAUCUCCAGAAGCUUUAGUUUUACUGAUCACUGUCAAUGUUCGGCAAGACCAAUCUUCAAGCUUUUACGAACCUAAGCGGCCAAGGAGUAGAAAAGCAUAAAGAGUGGUUAGGGAGUUCAAACAUUAUUUUUUUCAAUUGAUAUCAGACAGAAAAUUUGUUCAAAUCAUACAAAAUGAGACUGCUAAGAUUGAACAAAAAUUUGUGAUCAGUUCUUCUAUUUCAUGAGGUUUUUGAUACGAGAAAUGGUCGUAUUCUCAAUAUUGUAUUUGUUCUCUGGCGAUUCCCAUUUUGAUCGGAAGUCAAAUAUUUUUUUGACUCGAUUGCAAAAGGCCUUCAUUUAUGGUUUUUGAUUAUGUAACAGUUAUAAAAUUGGCUGAGAUGGCAUUGUCUGAGAUUCUCAAUCGACAGCCAGCGAAGAGAACAGUCGCCUUUUCUCUUGUCAUUCUGGUUUCAAUAGCCGCAAUAACCAGAAGGAUCAAUGUUUCUAUAAUGACAGGUCCAUUUCAGAAGAAAUUUCUACUCCGCGGAACAUCUCAGACAUAUUCAUCAGAAUUUGAUUGUUCCCUCAACUGUUCAGAUAUUUCACCUUUGACUAGUACAGACAACAAAGAACCCUCAGAAUCAUGUCCAGAAUACUUUAAAUGGAUUCAUGAAGAUUUAAAACCAUGGAAAGUUACAGGAAUUACAAAGGAAAUGGUCAAAAAAGCGAAAGAAAGAGCACAUCUAAACAUAGUCAUUAUGAACGGGAGAAUGUAUAUAAGAAAGUUUAAAGAGGCAUUUCAAACUAGAGAUACUGUGACAAUAUGGGGGAUUUUGCAGCUUCUUAGGUUUUACCCUGGGAAGCUGCCAGACUUGGAUUUAAUGUUCGAAUGUGGUGACGUACCGAAGAUCCAAAAACACGAUUACGCACGAUCAAAUGCUUCGUAUCCUCCCCCGCCUAUGUUUCAUUACUGUGGAGAUGACUCGAGUUUUGAUAUCGUUUUUCCCGACUGGUCCUUUUGGGGUUGGCCAGAACUUAAUAUCAAGCCGUGGGAAAUCUUGAAAAAGGACUUGCAAGAAGGCAAUAGUAGAAUUAAAUGGAGUGACAGAGAACCUUAUGCUUAUUGGAAAGGUAAUGCCAUGGUAUCCGCUGUGAGACACGAGUUAGUGAAAUGCAAUGCCUCCGAAUGGAAUGCUCGAAUUGACCAAGUGGAUUGGGGACAUGAGAUAAAACAUGGAUUUGAAACUACAGAUUUAGCAAGCCAAUGCACUCACAGAUACAAAAUUUAUGCUGAAGGAGUGGCAUGGUCUGUCAGUGAAAAAUACAUCUUAGCCUGUGAUUCUAUGAGUCUGAUGAUAAACGCUCAUUACUAUGAUUUUUACACAAGAAGUUUGCUACCCACAAUCCAUUAUUGGCCAAUUAAUGAGAAAGAUAAGUGUAAAUCAAUCAAAUUCGCAGUCGAAUGGGGCAACAAACAUAUGAAUGAGGCACAAGAGAUUGGAAAAAGAGGGAGCAAAUAUGUUCAAGAACAACUAAGGAUGAAAUUUGUUUAUGACUACAUGUUUCAUUUGCUAAAUGAAUAUUCUAAACUUCUGAAAUAUAAACCAACUGUACCAAAAGGGGCUGUUGAAGUGUGCUCAGAGACAAUGGUUUGUUCUGUCGAAGGUUCAAUGAAGAAAUUUAGGAUUGAUUCGAUGGUGAAAAAUCCUGCAGAUUCAUCUCCAUGUACAAUGCCCUCUUCCUAUUAUCCUGCAGAACUUGAAAAUUUUCUUGAAAUAAAAGAGAAUCUAACUAAGCAAGUGAGAAUGUUGGAAAGAAGCGAAAGUGUUGGAAUCCCAACCAUGAAAACAUGAGGGGUUGCAAAAUGGUGCUUUGGACUUCUCAUUAUAGUAGGCACGAUUUGAAAAUUUUCUUUUGAGAUUAUUUAAUCAAUUUCAAUACUACGUACAAAAUAUGCCAUAAUUGUUCUAAGUUGUUCUUCUACUUUAUGUGCGUGCAUGGGUGGGGUUGAGUGGGUCUACUAUUUCUCGAUUUGCUUACUAUUUCCGUUUAAAACAAGUAUAUGAUCUCUAUAGAUCAAAAUCUACAAGAUUAUUGGACUUUUACUACUCAAAUUUAAAUUUUCAAAGUGGUUACUAG